GCUGGUUCUCUGGCCGGCUGAGCGGCUGUUGGGGAGGCGGAGAACUUGAAGCUGGGGGUACCCCGGAGUCGGGGCCUGUCCUGGCUGCCCUUUGGCCGGGGUCCCCGCUGCGGGGCGGGGAGGGGCGGGCCCCGGCUGGACUAGCUUUCCCCUCCUCAUUCUCGGGGAGGCAACGGCCCCGACCCCGGCCUCGGGCCUCGUCCGGGUGAUCCGCGGGAGCCCCGCUGCCCCAGCCAAGGUUUAGACCUUUUUUGGCUUGGAACAAAGAUGGCAGAAGAAACUCCAGUGUCUUCUGAGAAGCUCAUUGUACAUUCGGAGGCUCACAGUGGUACCAUUCUGGCUAACUUUGAGGAACAAAGGAAAAGAGGCUUUCUCUGUGAUAUAACUCUAAUAGUGGAAAACGUACAUUUCCGGGCCCACAAAGCUUUACUGGCUGCCAGUAGUGAGUAUUUCUCAAUGAUGUUUGCAGAAGAAGGGGAGAUAGGCCAGUCAAUUUAUAUGCUGGAAGGUAUGUUAGCAGACACAUUUGGUAUACUGCUGGAAUUCAUCUAUACAGGUUAUCUUCAUGCUAGUGAAAAAAGUACAGAACAAAUAUUGGCUACUGCUCAAUUUUUAAAAGUGUAUGACUUAGUAAAUGCUUACACUGACUAUCAAAGCAAUCAUAGCUCAACAAACCCAACCUCUUUGGCUACUGGUGGAGCUCCAGUAGUUGUUAUUUCUAAUAAGAAAAAUGAUGAUCCUCCAAAGCGAAAACGAGGGAGACCAAGAAAAGUCAAAAAUUUGCAAGUGGUAAAACCAGAAAUGGCUUCACUUGAAGACAACCAGCUCAGAGAGAAUAAUUCUGUUCAAAAUAAACAAAACUCUAUGGCAAAAACAGUAGAAGGAAGCAAUAGUAUAACAAAUGUACAGAUCCCAGUAAGAGAAGUGGAAGAAUCUGAGCAUGCUUGUGGGUCAGGCACUGUGGAAAUGCCAACAGAAGAAGAUGAGAACUGUGAUCCUAAGUCCCAGGAUGUACAGGGCAGUCAGAGUCGCUACAGCAAGCGCAGAAUUCAAAGAUCUGUUAAACUCAAAGAUUAUAAACUUGUUGGGGAUGAAGAUGAUCAGUGUUCAGCCAAGAGAGUAUCUGGAAGAAGAAAACGCCCUGGUUCUGAGGCUCGCUGUAAAGAGUGUGGCAAGGUGUUUAAGUACAAUCACUUUUUAGCAAUCCAUCAGAGAAGUCAUACAGGGGAACGACCUUUCAAAUGUAAUGAGUGUGGAAAAGGUUUUGCCCAAAAGCACUCAUUGCAAGUUCACACAAGGAUGCACACGGGGGAACGGCCAUAUACCUGUACUGUUUGCAGUAAGGCUUUAACUACAAAGCAUUCUCUACUGGAGCACAUGAGCCUACACACAGGACAGAAGUCUUUUACCUGUGAUCAGUGUGGAAAGUAUUUCAGCCAGAAAAGACAGCUGAAGAGUCAUUACCGAGUCCAUACAGGCCAUUCGUUACCGGAAUGUAACCACUGUCAUCGCAAAUUCAUGGAUGUAUCUCAGUUAAAGAAACAUCUGAGAACACACACAGAAACAACUUGUUACUCAAUAGUUGAGCACUACCACCUCCAGAAAAGUCAGCUUUGGGCAGCAAAAGGCGAUAGGAGUGAUAAAGAAAACUCAAAACCUUUUAUGUUAAGGAUGGCUCUCUGGGAGCGGGGAGGAGAAGGAUAUACAUUGGAAAAUAUAGGUGAAAAGCCAUUUACUUGUGAAAUCUGUGGCAAGUCUUUUACUGCAAAAAGUUCUCUUCAGACACACAUCAGAAUACAUCGAGGAGAAAAGCCAUAUUCUUGUGGCAUAUGUGGGAAAUCCUUCUCUGAUUCCAGUGCUAAGAGGAGACACUGUAUAUUACACACAGGCAAAAAGCCUUUUUCCUGCCCCGAGUGUAAUUUGCAGUUUGCACGCUUAGACAACUUGAAGGCUCACUUAAAAAUCCAUAGCAAAGAAAAACCCUUUCCAGAAGCUCCUAAUGCUCCCAGCAGCAGCAACCCAGAGGAAGUUCGGAAUAUUCUCCAUCUCCAGCAGUAUCAGCUUUCCACCUCUGGAGAGCAAGAAAUUCAACUCCUAGUAACAGACUCAGUCCAUAACAUCAAUUUCAUGCCUAGCCAUAGUCAAGGAAUCAGCAUUGUCACAGCAGAAGGCACCCAGAGCAUGGCAGCAGACCAAGCCGCUGACCUUACAGUGCUCACUCAGCAGCCAGAACACCUGCAGGGUUUGAUUCUUUCAGCUCAGCAUGACCAAACGGAGCACAUCCAGAGUCUCAAUAUGAUGGACAACCAGAUAGCAACCUCACCGACUGAACAGGUGCAUAUAAUCACCCUGUCCAAGGAAACCCUGGAGCAUCUUCAUGCUCACUGAGAACCAGCUGAGGAGCUUAGAAGCGGCCCCUUCUUGCUCAGCUCAGCCCAUACAACAGACCCAGGGGUCAAGCUGACAGGCCAGGAGACACCGUUGUGGCCCAGCCCACACAGCUUAAUGCACAGUUCAACAAAAGUGUAAUUCUAUGAUGUUUGUCCAUAAGCUGACCAUGCUGUGAUUAAUGACUCUUAAAGUCGGGCUUUCUGAUAAUGAUUUUUUGGUUCCAAUAUGCAGAGUUGUUUUCAUCCUUUCAGAUACUAGAAAACUAAUAUUUAUAAUGCUGUACAUUCAAAGCUGUAAAGUGGCUUGAACUUGUCUGAUUUGAACUAUCAUGUGACUUGAACUGACCUGUUUGGUAAUAUUGGUGAAAAACUUUCACUUUUAUUCCAUCUCUUAGGUCUUAGAUUUUCACUCAGGUGCUCUAUUAUAAUGAAGGCAGUUAUGACUUUUAUGUAAGAGUUGAAAUUCAUACCUUGUGUUAUAUUUCCAGUCUUCAGGGUGACAAUUCUGCUAAGUGUAUUUUGGUUCUUUGAUGAACUACAAAAGUCAGUCAUGUGUUAGUUUAAAUUUGACAUAUUUGUUGGUUUUGCCUCCUUGUUACUGAUGAAUACAGAAUUGCCACUAAAAGCUUACAGAAUGCCAAGCCUUCAUGAUACGUUAAGGAGUACACAGUCUUUGACCCUCUGACACCAAAGAAUUAGUAACAGUCUUGUACUUGAAUUAUUUCAUGAUUCUGUAAGUCUACUGCAUUGUACUUGAGAAGUAAGAAUAUGUGGUAAAGCCCUUUAUUCAGGAUCCAAGCAAUCGGAAAACUGAAAGAACAUAUGUUUACAUAUACAGAGGGAACAUAUUCUGAACUCUACUUAUGUGAGAAAAGCAAAUGUAUCUAAUAAGUAUUUCUUUAAGUAAUAUUCAGAGAAUGCCACGGGGGUGAGUACAGAUUUCAGUCUAAUGUUUUUCGUCUUCAUUACUCUACGAUGAUACUUGAUAUUCUUGAAGGGUCUUCCAAAUCAUUGGAAAGGUAAUAUUAAAUCCAGAAUGUUGCUAUAUUCCAAUUGUCUGAAAAUUGAAUCUACAGUAGCCAAUACUAACCCCAAUCCAAUUUAGACUAAAGGAAAAUUCUCACAAAAGUUAGGCGUCAUUUUUUAAAAUGGCUUUUAAUGAUUAAAAAAGCAGAUUUCUUUGGACCCCUGCUAAGCCUUACAGAAUUAGUAACCACUUUGUACUUUUAAUCAUUUUACAAUUGAGUCAUCAUAGAAAUAUUAAAUUGUGUGGAGUAUGAUUUUUAAUGCUGUGUAUUUUGGCUAUACUUUUCUGUCAGAUAACUAAUUAGGGGUUCUUGAGAAAAUCUAAGGACAUAAUUUGGUUGUUUACAAUUUAUAUAAUUGUGGGAUAGACUAGGAGAACCUGACACUAAAAUACUGGGCAUAGUUCAUUUGAGGUGGCUUUUGCAUUAGUUGCUGGUUUUUAAGUACCCCUGAUUUCUAGCCUUCAAAUACAUGUUUUGCAGGUUGAAGUAAUAGUGUUCUUCAGGUUUGUUGAAGAAUCACAGUUCCUUUUUACAUAUUUGAUGUGCUGUAUUUUUAUUAUGUGGAACCCAAUUUCCAGAGUAAUCUAUUUUAUAUAUAAUGAGAAGAGCAACAUUAUAUGGAUUCUAACUAGGCCAAAGGUAGAAGCUAAAGUUUUAUAAACAGAGUUGUAGACAAAGUAGCAUUUUGUGUUCUGCCAUAUAUAGCUUAACCUUAUAAAUAAAUGUAAAAUAAUUAUUAACUCAUAAACAUUUUCAAACUUU